AUGUGUGUUACAUUAAUUGAUUCAAAUACUCACGAAGAAAUUAUCAAUACAGUAAAUCAGAAUAAUAUAUUAUCAGGACAAACUUCUUCUUCUAUGUACAAAUUAAAGGAUGUAAACAAUCACGAUGGCGGAUUUUUUGUAUUUGGAGAUCUUUCUGUCAAAUUGGAAGGCCAGUUCAAAUUGAAGUUCUCCAUGUUUGAAAUUUCCAAAACAGGAGUAACUAAUUUAAAAUCGAUUUAUUCUAAUAUUUUUCAAGUCUAUUCAUCAAAGACUUUUCCUGGUGUCCUUGAGUCUACUUUCUUAUCCCGUUCAUUUUCAGACCAAGGUGUAAGAAUUAGAAUUCGAAAGGAGCACCGUGUACAAAUGUAUUUAUUUAGAAUGCUUACACACACACACACACCAUUAUAUAAAUAA